AUGGAUAGAACGGUUUACGAAGCAUGCAGUGAUCUAAUCGUCGAUUAUGGCACCCAUAAGGUAAGUGCAGAUGAGGUUUUGACUCAAAAAGUUGGUGGGUUAGUACCGAUUCCGUUCAAGACGCGUGAAGAGUUAGAAAUAGCAAGUGAUAAGGACAGAAAAGAUGGACUCUUCACAGGUGAGCUAGUUCCAAGUAUUGAUCUAAGGGUACUACACUAUUUUGCUACCCAACUCUGUUUACAAAAAUAUCCACACUUAACUGAAGCUUUUGACGAGACAAGUUUGUUGACACUGGGACUUUUGGUUGAACAAUGGGUCAAAGAUUACUUAAGGGACUCUAACGGCGAAUUGGCAUCGGGAUCUUCGCAAUCUGUAUCCAAAGCUAUCAAUUACAGAGAUUCUCCCGCUAACAUAUGA